AGAAGUAGACGAAGAAGAAAGAAUCUAACUUCCGCCUGGUCGGUUAGGUGGCAUCGUGACGUGUAUAAGCAAGGAUUCCCUUAAAUGUUAUAGCUAGGUAGGGAGCUAAUAUGAAGUUAGCCCGUUUUGUCAUCGAUGAUAUUAAGUGAUUUCCAAAAGGCAAAUUAAAGCGCAAACUGCGGUCAGUCCUUUGGAAGCCAUAAUGCCUCUCAUGGUCGGCGGAGGGGACCGACGUGCUGCUAGAAAUGGGAUGUCCUUCUUCUUCCUGCUCUCCGCCGUAUUGUUGCUGUUGGUCGGAGUUGCUGCGGUUCCAGAGGAGAACCCGCCUGUCAAAGAGCAACCCCCACAAGAGAAAGCCUCGAGUCCCCAUCCGAUAGGUCCGGCAGUUUCGGAAGAUGUCCCCAAAGAAAGAAACACGGGUUUCAUCCAUGCCUUUGUGGCCUCUUUCUCUGUCAUCAUCGUCUCUGAGUUGGGAGACAAGACCUUUUUCAUUGCAGCCAUCAUGGCCAUGCGUUACAACCGCCUCACUGUGUUGACAGGUGCCAUGCUGGCCUUGGGAGCCAUGACUUGUCUUUCUGUGCUGUUUGGCUAUGCCACCACCGUCAUCCCCCGAAUCUACACUUACUAUGUGUCCACCGCUCUGUUUGCCAUCUUUGGUAUACGCAUGCUGCGAGAGGGGCUGAAAAUGAGUGCCGAUGAAGGCCAGGAGGAGCUGGAGGAGGUGCAGGCAGAGAUCAAGAAGAAGGACGAAGAGCUCCAGCGGUCCAAGCUGGUUAAUGGGACUCCAGAUGUGGAGGCUGGAUCAGGGGCCGCCAUGCCUCAGGGAAAGUGGCACAGCUUCAUCUCCCCCAUCUUCAUCCAGGCCCUCACCCUCACCUUCCUGGCCGAGUGGGGGGACCGCUCGCAGCUCACCACCAUCAUUCUAGCUGCGCGGGAGAAUCCAUUUGGAGUUGCCGUGGGUGGUACCAUUGGACACUGUUUGUGUACAGGACUGGCCGUGAUUGGAGGGAGAAUGAUCGCCCAGAAAAUAUCUGUCAGGACAGUUACAAUCAUUGGAGGGAUUGUGUUCCUGGCGUUCGCCUUGUCGGCCCUGUUCAUCAAGCCAGACGCUGGAUUGUGAUCGGACCAAAGACUUUCCGGUUCUCUCUGUACAUACAUGUCAGUUUUGGAGUUGCUGUAGACAGACUGUAGUUUUGACUCCGUAUGCGACGGGCUGAACAGAAAGCCAGAGUCCCGUCCUGUUCUCCUAGCGAGCCUCUGUUGCCCUGCAGUAGCGGAACUCGAUGGGUUUUCUCGUGCAGGUCUAACACUUCCAACGUUUUUUUUGUUUGUUACCCAGGCGUUUUAAAUCCCCCCCGAACACCCACCCAUUUCUGGCUGAAUGCACUCUGCUCAAGUUGAAGGUGGGCCAGAGCUUUGAUGGGAACUUGUUAAGUCACAAAUUCUUUCGACCAAUAAGGAUGAUAAAGGGGCUGUUUGUCCCGCCCUAACCAUUGCAACAACACUAAGACUACGUUCCGACUGCAGACCAUAAUACUCAAUUCCGAUUUUUUUGUUGACAUUCUUUAUUUUUUUAAAUGUGGCAACAGACUCAACUGGGCGUGAUCUGACCGAGCUCGCAUUUAAAAAAAGGAUGUGACCUGUAACGGAUUUGGACCACAUCCAAGUGGCCCAAAUCGGAACUAGAAAAGAUCAGAUGCCUUGUGACUUGGGCACUUCACGCUGUAAUGUAAAAAAACAAGACAGGAGCAAAAAAAAAAAAAAUGGAUUUGUGUCACUUUGGCCUGCAGUCUGAAUGUUUUAUCUCUACUACAGAAGUUGGAUUCACAUUGAACUCGAAACAGAAAGUCCUGGGAACUUCUCAUAAAGUCUUGAUGACGU